AUGCACUUCUCCAAGCAGAUCAGUCUUAUCAGCCUUGCUAUUGCAUUUGCAGCAGCAUCUCCCGCAGCCCAGCCGAACCCCAGAGCGUUGGGAGCUCGUUCCAGCAGCAAAGACAGAUUCAUCGACCCGACAGACCCGGAAUUGAGCCUUGACGAGCAGUGUAUUUAUAGAGAAUAUCCUUCGGAGAAGUGGUGGAAUAUUGUCAUCAACGAUGCCAAAGAUUUCACCGAUGGCCAGUGCGGUACUGGGUUCCUCGACAAUUUCCAUGACCGCGGCUGCUCAGAGUCAGGCUGGGAGUGCAAGUAUUCCAGUGAUGGCAAGACGAUGAACGCAGGCUUCUCAACAGAUACGUCCUGUGGCAAUGAUGAUAUUAGCAGCGCCAUAAACGCGGCAUUUGGUGGAAAGCAAGUGGAGUGUGCGAACUAUGUUGAUGAUAUCAAAUGUGGUGAUGACGGGAAGUGCGACGUUAACAAGGACUGA